CUCAUUGGCUCUCGACUCUGCUCUCGGCCUACUCAGGUCGACCCGCGGGCGGGCGGGAAGGCAGUUGCGUCUGAAGUCUGGCAGGAGAGAAGAGAAGUUGGGAUGAGCGGGAAGGAAGGUGCUUCGGUUCAGCCCCGGAGCACGUCUUCAGCCCCAGGGACCAGCUCCGAGGCUGGAUUUUUUAGGCGGAAGUACUCUAGUCCAUGCAUGACCAUGUCACCAUCCAAAGACGUCCUUGUGGGUUCUACAAUAGCCUUGUCCCAUCCUGGUGUCUGUGAAGAACUAAGCAAGUCAUUUGCCUGGAUAAAUAAGAAAAGGAAGAGUGGGCUUUCCAGGCUCUGCAAGAAGAAAACAUCUUUGUCAGAAAAUGGAUGGAGUUCCUUUUGCCUAUCUUCAUUAGCUGCCCAGAACAUCUGUGCUAGCAAGUUUCACAACACUUGGACUCAUUUGGAAAACAAUUCCCUUUCUUGCUCGAUAUGCAGUACCUCUUCAUGUUCUCUCUUAAAUGCUCUGACUUUGGAAGAAUCCAUCCAAGCUCUGGCAACUGCUGUGCGCAACCCAAACAAAGCUGUUUUCACUGUGGAUGUCAGAACAACUGAGAUUCUAGUUGCAAAUGACAAAGCCUGCAAGCUUCUUGGUUACAGUACUCAGGAGGUGAUUGGCCAGAAAUUAUCUCAGAUGAUUUCAAAAUCCAAUUGGGAUAUUAUGGAAGUACUGAAGGAAGAGCACGAUGAUGCUGAAUAUGAAGCAGUAGUUCCCGGAACUGUGGUAGAUGUUAUUUCCCAUAGCAAUGAAAAGAUCCCAGUUUCUGUAUGGAUGAGAAGAAUGAAAACCCAUUGCAGUCAGUACUGUGUGGUGGUUUUGGAGCCUGUGGAAAGACUUUCUGCCUCUGUUUUCUUCACAAGCAGAGUGAGUAUCCAGUUAGCUUAAAUUGCAGCAAUGUCUUUCAACUAGCUAUCAAGUACAGUUAUGGGGUACUAGGAGUUAUUGAAACGAUUUUGGUUUUCAUCA